GGUAGCAUCGCACGGUCCGUUCUAAAUCUGUAAUAUUACAAUAGUAAAACGGGGACAGUGGUGUUCAUGGAGCCAUCGCGAUUGUCGUGCCGUGAUGGGGAACAUAUCAGGAAAACCCCAUCACCGACCUAGGAACAAGAAGCAAGUCCGAUGGAAGGCUGCAGAUCGGCCUUUACCUCCUGGUAAACCACAGUUUGUUCCCGACGCUUACUCGUUACCAGAUGUGAUUACCCUUUGUUGGAAUCCACCAAAAAGCGACGGUGGUUCACCAAUCGAUGGUUAUUUAGUAGAACAUCGUCGUUGUGGUUCUACACAUUGGAUCAAAUCCACACCUCUACUGAUAUCCAUUCCGGAAGUCUCGUUGAGUGGCUUGGAUCCGGGAUGGCGUUAUCAAUUCCGUGUAAGCGCCGAAAAUGCCGUCGGUAUGUCGAUGCCAAGCGAAAUUUCCGAACCCUUAACCGUUACCCUUCAACGAUCCGCUGUAACCGCGCCCCGAUUCACCGAAGAACUUCGAGACACCGUAGGUUUAGAAAACGAAAAGAUCGAAUUUGUAGUUCAUUACAUGGGACAACCGCCACCGAAAAUCAGCUGGUUCAAAGACGGUUUUGAAAUAUUUAGCAGUAGAAGAACGAGAAUUCUAACCGACAAUGAUAGAAGCACUCUUACGAUUCAUCAAGCUGCUUUGUCAGAUGAAGGAGAAAUAAAAUGUACAGCUACAAAUAGAACUGGACAUGCUUCUACAAGGGCUAUUCUUAAACUGGAAGCUCCACCCAGCAUCCGUCUUCCAAGGCAGUAUGAGGAAGGACUUCUUUUCGAAAUAGGAGAAGUUGUACGUCUUAAAGUUUCCGUUGCGGGAAGACCCACACCAUUAGUGUUUUGGAGUCACAAUGGCGAAUCGCUUAGAAACGAUGAGCGACACGAAAUCGAAAAUGGCGACCGAUUCUCCACUGUGAAAAUUAACGAGGUGGUGAGAUCUGACAGAGGCGAGUACCAAGUAAAGGCAGUGAAUAAACUUGGAGAAGAUGUGAGUUCGUUUUUGGUAACAAUAACUGACAAACCAUCUCCACCGGGGAGAGCGAGAGUCGUGAUGACUUUGGGUAGAUCUGUAACAUUAUCAUGGAAGUCGCCCGAAGAUGAUGGUGGCUGUAAGAUAGGCAACUACAUAAUUGAAUAUUACAGAGUCGGAUGGGAUGUGUGGUUGAAAGCUGCAACUUGUAGACAGCUUACCACCGUUCUGGGAGAUCUUAUAGAAGGCAGCGAGUAUAAAUUUAGAGUGAAAGCAGAAAGCCCUUACGGUAUAAGCGAACCAAGUGAAGAGUCAGAUCCGGUUUUCAUACCAGAUCCAAGACGAGGAGUCAUGGGGCAGAGAUCUCGAGCCAAGAGUCAACCACCUGAUCUGCUACCGAAUGAGUACAUUGCGAUAUCGUAUGAACCCAAAAUGGAACCUCAGCCUCGAUCUCGAUCAUCGUCCAGAACCGAAAAGCAUGUUACAAUAUCCGAAAUAACUGACGUCAUACCGCCUGUGAGACCAAAAAGAACAAAGUCGAAAAGUGCACCCCAGACACCCCUUCAAUCUCCGGCAGUCUCUAGAAGACAAACCAAUACGAGUGUAAUUGAUAAGGGGAUGUUUGAUAGAGCUUCUUUGGCUAGGGAAUUGGCUUAUGGAAGUCCCGGAAUGAAAACAAAACGACCUGAAGAAAUAGUCGCUAAUGUCGGAAUUAAUAAUGAACAAAGACCUACUUCUCCUAUAUUUAAAACGCAACUACACACUAAACCACCCCUUCAUCCAAAUUCAGAAAAUAUUCUCAAGAGACCUACAUCACCACCUGGGAAUAUUCAGCAGCAUCCCCAAAGACCUCUUUCGCCCAAUAUUGACGAUCAGUCAAAAAGAAACCAAGCAAUUCAGCAAAAUCUGUCAAGACCAACGUCACCAGCCGUCAGUAUCUUAAGGUCACCAUCUCCAAUGGAAAACAAGCAAAUAAUACAACAAAGACCAACAUCUCCCCCUGUAGACUUCAACAGAAACAAUUCUACUCAAUCCCCGAUUAUAUUUCAAAGACCUUCUGUAGACUCCAACAGAAAUAAUUCGGUUCAAUCUUCAAUACCGACUCAGGGACCAAUGUCUUCUUCUGCAGACUUCCACAAAAACAAUUCUACUCAAUCUUCGAUGACAAUGCAAGGUUCACAGACUCUAAAAAAAUCCAACGAGAAAUUACCUGUUCAGCAGAAAUUGAAGUCGCCUUCUCCCACACGAAAAUUUGUAGAAGAGCGUUUUACGACUACUUCUGGUAAUAAUAGUAGUUCAAAUGUAGAAUCUACUAAUUUACCUGUUGAAAAAGGUGAACUACAAUCAAAGAAGUCUGAUAUCGAACCUUCACUAACAACGAGAGGAAUGAGAAGUUUCUCUAAAUCGCCAAGCCCAGAAUUUCUGCCUUACAAAAAUAAACACGAACGACAAAGAUCUCCAAACAAACUCGAUUUUAUGGGUAGCUCGAAAGAUCGAGAUGAUACCAAUAGUGGUAGCACAGAGUUUAUGCUAGUUUUAUUGCCUGAGGAAGGACCCAACGGUCACCGAGACCUUUCUGACAUACGAUUCGACUUUGACGAAGUAUCUGUUCCUCCACCUUUAUCUUUAUCUGCGCCAGAAUUAGGCGCUGAACCACCACAAUUUGAAUUAAUAAGAAGUGCCAGUUCUACUGAUAUAUUAAGAGAAUUACAAAUGCGUAGAGUUUUCGAAGCCGCUGCUGCCGAAGAAGAUGAGCUAAGAAAAAGAAGAGAAGAAGCAAAAGUUGCAGUUGAAGAGCUUAAGUUUGACAUUCCAAAAAUACAAAUCAACUCGAAGGAUCCAGAUUCGUCGCUCAUAGAAAGGAUUCCGUCGUUUAGAAGACGAUUAUCUGGGGGCUCAAUACCUCAUCAUAUGCUGGUUUCACAAAAGCGACAGAGCUUGCGAGGUGCAGCUUUAGACAACAUCUCAGAAAAUAAAAUUCACAAAUUUGAAUUUUCCCUUGAAGACAAGCGUGAACUAUUUAAAACGAGGCAAAGAUCUGGGUCUCAAGAGUUAGAGGAAUUAGAAAUCGAGAAAGCCCGUCAUAAAGCUGGUUCAGAGAGAGGAAAUGUGCCCAAGAAAGAAAUCGCAGUAAUUGAUGAAAAUGUAUGGGAAGAAGAAAGCGUAGAGGGUUCUGACGAAGAACUCAGUAUGUCGGAAUCUAAUCCUUCAGAUGAAGAAAGAUACGUUAAAGAAAAAGUCCCUUCGCGUAAUAUCGAUGUAGACGAAGAGCCUAUUUACCACCCUGGUCGAAUGUUACUUAAAAACAGCGUAAAAAAUACUGAUAAAGAACCUUUUGAAAUUCUUACGAAACCUUGUCCGCUACCAGAUCCAUCGUUUGUGCCAAAACCCAUACUAAAAAAGAGAGACGAUGAAAAGUACGCCCCUGAUAAACCCAUAAGGAAAGAUAUAGAACAAAAGUUACAUGGUAUAUCACAAAACAUAUUUUCGGUGGAACACAAACAAAGAUCUAGCUCACCAAGACCUCCUGAUCAUCUAAACGUUGAAAGGAAAUCUAUUGCUUCUAAAGCAGAAAGCUUUCCUACGAUAGAGGAGAGUAAACUGGAAAGAAAUUUAUCUCCUGAACCGACAAAACGUCGAAAAUCUAAUGAAGAAAUCAGAGCUGUUGCAGAUCAUUAUGGCGAUAUUCUGAGAAGUUACGGCAAUGUUAAAAAAACUACUCCCCACUUAUAUCUGGACAGAGAUGAGCUCAAAGCAGCUGCUGAAGAACAAUCUACAGAAAACUUAGAAGAGAUUGAAAAAUCUGUAGAAAGAUUACAUGUCCCCAACAGAAAGCAGUUUGAAGGAUUCGGCAAUGUAGAAGAAUAUCAAGAAAGGAGCAGAAGUAGAACGGUAAGUUUAAGUUCGGAUGAUGGAGACAGAUCAUUAUCUCAAAGAAGAGGAAGCAGUAGCAGUUCAUUUUCAAGCAUCCGCCAAAGACGUAACAGCAGCACCCCUGACCAACCCAAAAGUUUAAAAUCACGUUCAAGAACACGCAGUCUUUCAAAAUCCUCAGCUCACGAAGAAAACUGGAGCAACUUGAGAGCACCACCAAGUCCACAAGCUGGCCGAAGAGCAUCACCUUCUCCACAAAGGAGAAAUUCCUUAACCAACCCUCAACCAAUACAUAAACAGCAACGUAAAGUACUACGUGAAAUAACCACCCAAACGUCUGGCUUUGACGAUCAUUAUCUACCCUAUCCGAGGGUUCCAACUCCAGAACAACAACUAAUGCUUGUUCAGGCUGAAGUGAAGGCCCGAAGUACUAUAGAUUAUAUGACUGAUUUAGCCAUGUUUUUUGUGGCGUGUUGGUUGUACUUGUUCCAUAACGAACUUCUGGCUAUACCAGUACUGUUGAUAAUGGUUUAUAGACAAUUGAAAGAAGAAAUUGUGAAAAGGCUGCCCAAAUGGAUGCUACCAAAGAAAAAACGUAAGCAAAGAAGAUAGUAAAUGAACCCCCUCCAGUAUCAUUCAACCAUUUAGAAUGAUCAUCUUUAUACUGAGUUAUCGUAAACAUGAUAAAUGGGCUCCGUUUCAUGACGAAGCAGCUUUUAUAAUGUUGGUAAUGUUUUAAUGAUGUCUGAAAUUCAGAUAACGUAUUUGUUAAGUUUAAUGUAUUUGAAGUAUGGUUUUCGAUAAAUUAAAAUUUCUCGUUUUA